UGUAAAGUCAGUGGUGCAGCUCACUUAAUAGCAAUGUUAUCUCGGUAUAUCACCAAUUCUCCCACUAUCAUCCACGUUAACUGCAUUCUGACGUAGCUGAGCUUCUGAAACAAAGGGAACAUGCACUAUUUUUCUAGGGAGCAUGCCAGCAAUCAAGUGCAGAACAGCAAUGCAUUUCUAUAGUUACCUGGUGCAAGCAUCUCGACUCUUUGCAUGCUACUGUGACAUAGGACAAAAUUCCUCCUCACGCCUCUGAUCACUACCACAGUAACACCUCAGUAUAAACUAAGUCAACAUACUCUAUGAGGAGCAAACUCUAUGAAAGUUAAUGUCCACUCUGACUAUAGAUGCAUACCAGAAGGUUUUAAGUAUCCCCCCCCAAUGGUAUCACUUGCAAAAGUCUCUUUAAAAAAGGCAAUAGUUGCCUCGUAUCCCUUGUAAGGUUUGGGGACCUCAGUGAAGGAAGAUGACAGACUCUUAGACGGGCACAUGUGCUUCAUUUGAGAUGAAGGACCAUGAAGGAAGAGCACAGAGAAAUGCAAACGCUAACAAAACCUCACGUUCUUUGCUAGAAGCAAUGAAGACACUCGGAAAGGGUUAAGGCUGGCUUGGCCGGGGCUGUGUUCUGCGUAUGCAAUAAUCUGUGUGGCUCUCUUGGCCGUCUGACAAAAGAGUUGCCUCCUUCUCCUCCACCCCUUUGCAUGAAGUAGGAUCCUUGAGGCUGCCAACUGCUCCAUAUUUGCCUUCUAUUACACAUUUACAUACUGGAGAAGAGAGCGGAGCCAGCUUCUAUCCUGCAGACCAUCAUCGUUUCUGUUACAGUUGAUUUUCAAUCACAGACACAUCAAAUUAAAGAGACAAUCUAAGCCCUGAGCUUCUUUCUUCACCUAUUCAAGGCAACUGCAGCAACAAGUUUUACCUUUCCUUAAAAGGUGCUCCUUUCCCCUAAACAAGAAAACUGUAGCACAAAAGUGGAUAUUUGAGGCCUGAGAAGACUUUAUAUUAAAGGAGAAUAGGACAUCCUUAUAUUCACAUCCUGGAGCACAAUGAAAGAGUUUUAAUGCACAGACUUCAGAAAAAAUUGCUGCAGCAAGUAGUACAGGGGACACAAAAGGAAGAUAUUACUGGGGCACUUAGGAACACUCCUGGCAUUUGAAGUGAGAAGAGCUGAUGGUGUGCAGAUAUAUUUGAAAACCAAGCAGAAAAUUCUGAAGAAGAUUGCUCAGUGUGAUAUGAAGCACUAUUGAUGGACCUGUCAGCUAUCCUGUAACAUCUGCAAAUUCUGGAAGGGAAAGCAUAACCUGGGAUAUCCAGAAGACAGCAGUGAAUGGUAGAUGCUUGUAGAAGAUUGUGGUCACAAGGAGAUGAUUCCUCAUGAAGUCUCUGGAUCCACACAAGAAAUCAAAUGUGAUUUUCCACUUGGCAGACUGAAAUCGGAGCCAGCCAGGCAGUGAAGCCACAGAAGAUAAGGGCAGGGGGCCGGUGAAAAAUGAAAUCCAACCAGGAGAGAAGCAAUGAAUGCCUGCCCCCCAAGAAGCGGGAAAUCCCUGCCACCAGCCUGCCUUCUGAGGUGAAGCCGUUAUUUCUGGCCAGUGAAAAUCACCGCGCAGAUAAUAUAACAUGGCUCUCGAGUACAACCAGCAGCCACAGCAGUGGGCGGAAUCGGUCUGGAGGUACUUCAGUGGAGGCUGGUUCACAACAAGGAGUAGGUUUACACAAGUCACUUUCUACAGGAAUGGAUUAUUCCCCACCUAGCGCUCCUAGGUCUGUUCCAGCCUCCGCCACACUUUCCACAGUGUACCCCUCUGCACUUUCACAGGCAGGAACACCUGUUUCGCCGGUGCAGUACACUCACUUGCAGCAUGCUUUCCAGUUUGUUGGGCCUCAGUAUAGUGGACCAUAUGCCGGAUUCAUCCCUUCCCCACUAAUUUCCCCAACCGCUAAUUCUGCAACCACCACAGCAGCCUCUGCCACUGCUGUUGCAACCACUCCAUCCCAGCGGUCCCAGCUGGAGGCAUAUACUUCUUUGCUGGCCACCAUGAGCAAUCUUAGCCAACAAAGCCAGAAAGUUGAGCCGCAUUUAGUCAGGACACCUGGGUUGAUCACGGCAGGAUCUCCCCCACCUAUUCAGCAAAACCAGUAUGUCCAUAUUUCCAGCUCCCAGAGUGCUGUUAGAAACGUCUCUCCUCCAGCCAUCCCAGUCCAUUUGCAUCCUCACCAGACAGUGAUCCCUCAUGCCUUUGCCCUCGGCCCUUCCUCCCAGGUGGUAGUGCAAUAUGCAGAUUCUGGCGGCCAUUUUGUGACUCGGGAGCCCACUAAGAAAUCUGAGAGCAGCCGGUUGCAGGCUAUGCAAGCAAAGGAAAUACUGAACGGGGAAGUAGACAAGAACAGGCGAUACGGCAUCUCGCCCUCUUCUGAAGUCAAUCUUCUCAAAUCAGGCAAUAAACCACCUCCUCAUCAUUAUGAGGCCAGACAUGUGGUAGUCCACUCUGGUCCUACUGAUUAUAUUGCACGUGAUUCCUCGGCUGUCCGGCCCUCUGUUAUGGUUGUCCCCAACAGCAGUACGCCUACUGCAGACAUGGAGGUUCAGCAGUCCGCCAACAGAGAAACACCUCCUUCAGCCAUCAACGAAAAGGGUAGUUUGCAUUUAGGAAAGACAGGCCACCGAUCCUAUGCUUUAUCUCCACAGCAGACUAUUGGUCAUGAAGGGGUGAAGGCAGUUGCCACUUUAUCCCCUCACACUGUCAUUCAGACCACGCAUAGUGCUUCAGAGCAGCUGCCCGUUGGGUUGCCAGCUACAGCCUUUUACACUGGGACUCAACCACCAGUGAUUAGCUAUCUGAGCAGUCAACAGCAAGCCUUUGGCUAUCCUGGAAGUCUACCACAACAUCUGGUGAUCCCUGGUACCCAACCUCUCUUAAUACCGGUAGGGAGUGCAGAUAUCGACUCCUCGGGGAUGCCACCUGCUAUAGCCACUUCGUCUCCCCAGCUAGCAGCCGUGCCUCAUACGUUUGUCACAACCGCCAUUCCAAAAAGUGAGAAUUUCAAUGCUGAGUCCCUAGUAAACCAGACGGCUUACCAGGCAGCUGUGGUCCAGGCCCAGAUCCAUCUCCCCCUGGUCCAGCCAGUCCCACCUUCCGCAACAGCUCCUGCUAUAUUGCCUCCUUAUUUUAUGAAAGGCUCUAUAAUUCAGUUGGCAAAUGGAGAGCUGAAGAAAGUGGAAGACUUAAAAACAGAAGACUUUAUACAGAGUGCAGAAAUUAGCAGUGACCUGAAAAUAGACUCCAGCACCGUGGAAAGAAUUGACGACAGCCAUAAUCCAGGCAUUGCUAUGAUACAGUUUGCAGUUGGAGAGCACCGAGCACAGGUCAGUGUUGAAGUUUUGGUAGAAUAUCCCUUUUUUGUAUUUGGACAAGGCUGGUCAUCCUGCUGCCCUGAGAGAACAAGCCAGCUCUUUGAUUUGCCGUGUUCCAAACUCUCUGUUGGUGAUGUCUGCAUAUCACUUACACUCAAGAAUCUGAAGAACGGCUCCGUUAAAAAGGGCCAGUCCAUGGACUCAGCUAGCAUCUUGUUGAAGCACUCUAAAAAUGACAGUCUAGUUGGCAGUAGACAUAGGUAUGUGGAGCAGGAAAAUGGGAUUGAUCAAGGAGGGGUCAAGAUGACGUCUGAAAAUGGUGAACUGAAGUUUCCAAACAAAAUAGGAUUACCUGCAGCAUCUCUACUCACCAAAUCAGAAUCCAGCAAGCCCACAGCAACUCGGAAGAGGAGGUGGUCAGCCCCUGAAACACGGAAACUGGAGAAGUCUGAAGAGGAGCCACCGUUGACUCUUCCCAAGCCUUCUUUUAUUCCUCAGGAGGUUAAGAUUUGCAUUGAAGGGCGAUCCAAUGUAGGCAAGUGAAGUCUAUUAGGGAAAGGAAAUUAGAAUAUCCCUUGUCAUUUUUAUCCAGAUUACUGUACUGUAGGCUAAAUAACCGAGUAUUUACAUGUUAUCAUCUUAUUUUAGGUUAUGUUUAUAACGUUAUAGUUGCAGUUGGUAUUAUGCAGAAGACAGGUGCAUACUUCCCCCACCUAGGUGUUCAUUGGUGAUUAUUAUUUUUUCUCAAGAGCUACAAAAAAAAGGGCAGUAUCUGCUUGACACAUGAACACACACCCUUUGUGGAAGCAAAUGUUGACAUGGCACCUGUUUUCCAACACUUCAAACAGAAUAUUAGCCUGGCAAGAGAACUCUAGGAAAGACAAACACUAUUGCCUGAUUCAAGAGUAGAAUUGAGAGUUCCACAACAAUGUGAUUCGGUGGUUCUCUCAAGAAAUUUCUGAUGAAGUGUAGACCAGGGGCAAUAAUGGAGAACCGAGCACUCUUUGAGACUUUGCACAAUAAAGUGAUUUUUUCCUUUUAAUUUUCUGAUUUUUUUUUGUCUUGUAUUUUCCAUUCCCACGAUCCAAACCCAUACUGUGUCCCAGAAUGGGUGGGGUGGGGGGGGGUCUAACUGCACUAUUUUUAUUAAUAUUAUUAUUGUUGUUGUUAUUAUUGUUCUUCUCAGAGACUGCCACAUAGAGAUUUCAUCUCCACUUGCUAGCACAAUGGCAUAGCAAGAGCGUAGCAGCUGAUUCUUGCUUUGCUAAAAAUGGUAAUUUGCUUAAAGUGUGACAUUGUUGGUGUCAAUAUAGCACGUUACAAAUUGUGGAUAUCGUAACUUGUAUACAGCAUGUUGCCGCUAACAUUUGCUUCCACAAAGUAACUAUAUACUUUCCUUUGGGAAAGUAAACAUAAAAUUGUUUGCAGUUACGUUGCAUUUUUUUAAAAACUCUAGUACUAUUUUGUACUAGGACUAGUGCCACUGUUUUUCAAAUUUCAGUGUGAUACGAGGAAUGGGUGAACGUAGAAUGUCUUUGAGCACUUAAAAUGUUAAUCAGAGUUUCCACGCUGAGAAUCCCGGCUUAAUACUCAGCAAAUCCUGCAUUUUGCUUUAUUUUCUUUUGGGUUGGGGGAAGAAAGGGAAUAUUGACAUUUUCAACACUGUUAACUACGUAGGUUUUUUUUCCACAAGCAAGAUGCUGAAAGUUUCAUGUGGUAUCAAAGGGAUGAAUGUGAACUAUAAACUCGUAUGCGACAGUCGUUGUCCACAAGGACUACUUAACAGGAGGCACUUUUAAAACUUUUAUGCUUGUGAAAAAGUUAAAGGUAUAUGCAAGCUGACAAUAAUAAAAGAAAAAGAAAGAGUAUAAGGGAAUAAGAAGAAGAAAAAAAACAUUGUCCAGUGUUUUUGAAAAAGAUGGACUUUAAAGAAUCUUGCAAUUUGCACAUCUUGAGUUUAUCAUUUGUAUGGUAUUCCUGCAAUUUUUAAUUUUUUAGGAAGGGAGAGGGGCUGAAAAAGCUUAAACAAAUGUAGCAGUUAUUUACUAACCUGCCUAAUUUCUAGAUCAUUUUAAUAGGAUUAGAUUUUCUUUCAAUUUCUUUUACUUCCUUUGUAUCAUAUCUGUCACCCUGAACCAGAAAAGCUGAGAAUUUCUCUUCAGAUUUUCUGAGUUUUCCAUGAGUCAUUUUGACACAGAUGCAACUUUUGUGUUUUUUUUUUUUAAUUCUGUGUUUUAUUGUAAAAUCAUUAUUUCUUAACUUUCAGUUACUUUUCUUCUGAUUAGUAGUAUAAUGUUAAUGUCAAAAUUUGGUACAACAGGAUGAUGGGUAAAAGUUUGUCCAAUUAAACUCUUUCAGUAGUUACAUGACUAAUCACAGAAAUCUGAAAUAAAUUCAAGGGUAGAUCCGAAGGAUCUAAACUCCCGCUGAUUUAGUGGCUUCCAUCUUAAAACCAGAUUCAGAUUAAUAGUCACAUUAAAACCUAUUUAAUUAUUCACAGAUAAAUAAUUGUCUGUAUACCAACCUGUGAAAAGAAUCACUUAAACUAAUAUCCUAUUUUAAAGCUUAGAUAAUAAAUACUGCAUUAAUUUCUGAAGUUGUAAAAUCAGGAUUUCCUGAAAGAUGCUGUGGGCAUUUUCACACAUGAGACUAAAUCUUAAGUAUCCAUUGAAUUUGUAAUGUAACUAUAUGGACAUGUUCUAUCGGUGUUAUUUAAAUAUGUUUACAUGUGAUACAAAUAUGUGAGAACCUCAAAGAAGUCUAGUGUCUUGUGUGAAAAUGGUACAAGAAUUUAUUUUGGCAUCAGUGCUGUAUUCCAGCUUACCAAGGUUAGGUGGGUGAUCAAUUAUCUUCUUUCCCUACUUGUAAUUUGACUUGGAUGAAAUUCAAAGAAAGAACAAGGUAGAAGGCCUGUAUAAACAGGCAGCUUACCCUGAUCUCUUUUCUGUGAUGAUUUCAUUUGCCCUAAGCUGGUCAUUGUCUGCAAAAUGAAAUAGAUUAAGCCAAAAUAGACAACUGGCGACUCCUGCUACAGAAGAAGAAAUUGGGACCUUAGCUGAAUUUUAACAAAUUUGUAGUUCAAUUUAGUUGCCCUACAGGAGAUUGUUUUUCUUUAUCUUUGACCCUGAUGUCCUGCUGGUUGACAUAACUCCAUUGAUAUCAGGUUCUUAUUUAG